AUGCCAAAACAACAAUAUUGUGAGCUGCUACGAACUGCAAAUGCUGAACAACGUGAGGUGGUCCUUGAGGCUAUACAUCGUUUACAUGGCUGCGGAGAUGAGCUCCUACAGGCUCUACAAAUCUUUUUCACCGGACCAGCAGGAUGUGGCAAAACGUAUACAUUGAAGGCCCUCAUGGAAACGUACAAUCGUUACACUCAGAACCACAACUCACUCAACAACGCCUACGUUGCUUGUGCAAGCACAGGUAAAGCAGCUGUACCUCUUGGUGGAACAACAGUUCACUCAGCAUUUCGCCUAACAACUUCUCGAGUUACAAGACUUCUAUCAGCUGAAAACUUGCAAGCCUAUAGAAAUAUGUUCGUUGGCGUGAGAGCAGUUUUCAUUGACGAGAUCAGCAUGUUGAGUGCAGCUAUCCUCGGUAAAAUCAAUUAUCGAUUGCAACAGAUAACCGGCAUAUACGACCAAGUUUUCGGAGGCCUUCACAUCAUCUUAUGCGGCGAUUUCAGACAGCUGCCGCCUGUACGCGCUACUUCGUGUUACACAGUGCCAAUCAACCAACUCGGAGGACCUAUACUGUGGCAAAGCAUCGACUACUUCCCAUUGGUCCGUGUUGUACGACAAACUGACGAGCUGUUUUCGAGAAUUCUGACUAAAAUUGGAGAUGGACUUAAACUAAGUGUCAAUAACAUCAAAUUUAUAGAAUCCAGACAUAAGUCAGAGUCCUGGUGCAAAGAGAACGUACCUGACGCUGUUCGGUUGUUUUACAGUAACUUUGAGGUUGAUUCAUACAAUCGAAAAGCAAUUAACAACGCACACAACUGUAUUGCCACUGAUAUCAUGCUCGGAUAUUCCAGUAAUUCUGAGAGGGGCCAACAGCAAGGAAAACUUCACAAGAUGUCGGUUGCAGAGACAGACGGAUUGCCUUACAUGCUGCCCUUAGAAGUGGGAUACCCUUACAUGAUAACGUCUAACAUCAACGUAGGAGAUGGAUUGGUAAACGGCGCUAUUGGAGUCUUGCGACACAUCGAACGUCAGCCAGCCGAUCCAGCCGAAGCAGGACCAUCGACCAGCACGACGUCACCGCCCACAAAAGAUGAAAUUAUCACUCUUUGGUUCGAGUUUCCAGACAAAAGUACGGGUGCCAGUGCAAAACUCAAAAGUCGACCACAUGUACUCAGCAAACCAAACACUUUGUCCGUUGAUUGGGUGCCGGUGUACAAAAAAGUGGUCAACAUCACAUUGACAAAAACAGUGAAAUGCAAACGCAAACAAUUUCCUUGCGUACCUGCUUGUGCCAUUACGAUUCACAAAUCACAAGGUGGGACGUUUGAUGUAAUCGUGUAUAAGUACUCCUCCAAGCAACCACAACAAUUAGUAUAUGUAGCCAUGAGCCGCGUAACGAGUAUCAACGGAUUGUAUAUCAUCACGGAGAAGGACUCUCCUUUGAUUUUCAAACAUGGGCGCGAAGGAAACGACUCACAAACUACACGAGAUAUUCGCACUGAAUAUAUUCGACUCCAAGGACACACUUUGCAAACCACCACUAAAAAGGCAGUCAAAUUCUGUGACGAUGCUACCAGUGCUGGACAAACUAUCGUGACGAACAUCAAUUGUCAAAGUUUGAGUGCUCAUGCCACAGACAUUGAAACAGAUACAGUGAUUCCAAGAUCUGACUAUUUAGUACUGACCGAAACGUGGAUGCGCGACACUUGUGAACCACAUCCAAUCAAGAAUUAUGAGUGCAUAUCAAGGAAGAAUAAUCGAACAAAGUCAGACACCAACGCAGCAGGUGGAGUAGCGAUCUAUCGUAGGUUAUCAUCAAUAUCAACAGGAAAAGUGAUCGAUGCGGUCACAGACACUGCUCGAGUUAUCAAAACCUGCGGUGACUUGUGCUUGGCUGAAGUUACUUGCUUUACCGCUGAUACUACCUUCAAAUUUGUGCUCGGUGCUGUUUAUAUUCAUCCAGGAUUAAGUGUACAAGACAUCGGAAUGUUGCUACACCAGGCACUUCUUCCAUACGUGCAUAACAGCCAGUACGUGCCACCGUUCCUGCAAGUUGAUCCUAAUAUGCCGAUUCUUCUAUGCGGUGACUUCAACCAAAACGUGAAGUCUGAUGACAAGUUUCUCAAAUUCAUUAAAGAUACGUUUAAUCUUGAUUGCGUAUCAGAUAUGUCUAAGUCUACUACGUUAAAAGGAACAACCAUUGACUUGACAUUUUCUAGGCACAUUACAGCAGAAACACUUCCUUUCAUUUCAUAUUUCUCCUAUCAUCGCCCUGUCCUCAACAAAAUCACUCAGAUAGGAACAAGUUAA